AGUUCCUAUCCCGAGUUCACCGAAUGUUUUCAACAUACCAUACUAGUUUGGGUGCCAUGUGCAUUCUUAUGGCUAACUUUGCCAGUCUUUCUUCAACAUUUACGACGCUUGGAAAAUCCCCAACCACUGCCUUUGGGAAAGCUUAGCAUAUGUAAAACGGUGUUGUGUGCAUCAUUAUCUAUACUGGCUCUGAUAGAUUUUUAUCCUUAUAUAAAUAGCCAGGUUUCAAUAGCAGAUGCCUUUAUUGUGUCGACAGUAGUCAAGUUUAUAACAUUUAUUCUAGCGGGCAUUUUAUGUCAGGUUUCAAGACGAUUUGGCUUGCCUUCACCAUGUCUUUUGUAUUUAUUUUGGUUGUUUUAUAUUGUUGCAAAUAUCAUACCAUUUUAUACACUUAUUGUACAGAAGGUGUAUGAAAAAAAUUUUGUUAAAUUUGUGUUGUUUUAUAUCAAUUAUGGAAUAUUGAUGUUACAAUUGGUUCUUCAUAGUUUUUCUGAAUCCACCACAGUCCAUGAUGAGAAACAAAAGGAACCAUGUCCGAUGCAAACAGCAUCAUUUCCAUCCAAAAUAUUUUUUAUGUGGGCCAACAGAUUGAUUGUAAAGGGAUAUAAGAAACCUAUUAAAGAUGAAGAUGUUUUUGAUUUACCCGAAGAAUUUAAAAGCAAACACCAGGCACCUCCCUUUUUAAACGCUUGGGAUAAGAAGCUACGAGAAGAGAGAAGAAAGUGUCUGGUGUUUCUAUAUUUUAGGCAUGAUACUAAGAAAGAACACGUGAAAUCUUACGAGAACAAUCGCCUAAAUGGAGACAUUCCUCUGUUGUCCAAUAAUGAAAGACGACACAGAACCAUCAACCACCCUGCUGUGGCUCUGUUCAUAGUCUUAGUUAAAACAUACUGGUUUCCACUGUUUAAACUAAACGCAUUAAGAGUUAUUUCAGAUCUUCUGACAUUUAUCAACCCUUUGCUUUUAAAGAUCAUGAUUACUUACAUAGAGAACCGUGGGAAUGAAUCAAAAUGGAAGGGAUAUGUUUAUGUUGCUGGUUUCUCUCUAGUUUCAUUUACCACUUCUGCUAUAUAUAAUCAAAGUUUCUUUCGAAGCUUAAAUCUUGCUAUGAAUAUAAAAUCAGCUCUUGUCGCCGCUGUCUACAGAAAGUCCUUAACCAUGAACAGUGAUGCCAGAAAAAUGUUUACAGUUGGAGCAAUAGUCAAUCUUGUGUCAGGCGAUUGUAAAAAACUUUCAGAAAUCGUGACGUUUUUAUGGAUGAUAUGGUCUUGCCCUCUGCAAAUUUGCAUAGCCCUAUAUCUUUUGUACCAAACUCUGGGAGUAAGCUUUGUAGCUGGUUUGGGUGUAAUUCUAAUGGUCAUACCACUUAAUUCCGUUCUGUCCACAGCCACCAAGAAAAUACAUUCCGAACUAUUGACCAUCAAGGAUUCCAGACUCAAAAUUACUAAUGAAGUUCUCAAUGGUAUUAAGGUUUUGAAAUUAUUUGCAUGGGAAGAGUCAUUUGAGGGCAAAAUUAUGAAAAUCAGACAAAAAGAAAUAAGACUACUUACCAAAAAUGCCUUUCUCGCAGCUACAACUAUAUUUUGUUGGAUUGGUGUUCCAGUUUUGGUUACUUUAGCAACUUUUGCCAUGUUUAUAUUAAUGUCUGAGAAUCAGCAUCUGGACGCGGAAACAGCGUUUGUAGCUUUAUCAUUAUUUAAUAUAUUACGAAUACCAAUAAAUCAUUUACCAAUGUGCAUAUCUGCACUAAUUAAUGCACAAGUAUCGUUAGGAAGAUUAGGUAAAUAUUUAUCUGGAAGUGACUUAGAUGAGAAGAAUUGUGGACAUAAUCAAAACACAGAAAACGCAGUAGAAAUUACAGAAGGGACCUUCACAUGGGAUAGAGAUAUGCCUCCAUCUUUGAAAAAUAUCAAUAUGAAAGUCAAAGAAGGAGAACUGCUAGCUGUUGUAGGUGGUGUUGGAGCAGGAAAAUCAUCAUUAUUAUCAGCGAUUUUAGGAGAAAUGGAUAAAUUACAAGGACAGGUCAAUGUCAAGGGAUCGAUAGCUUAUGUGCCACAACAAGCUUGGAUACAGAACUUAUCUCUACGUAAAAAUAUAUUAUUUGAUGGGGAAGUAACCAAAGAUUAUUGGCAGAUUUUAAAAGAUUGCGCUUUAGACUCAGAUCUGAAAGUUCUUCCAGGAGGUGAAUCAAUAGAAAUUGGCGAAAGAGGUAUUAAUUUAAGCGGUGGCCAAAAACAAAGAGUCAGUUUAUCAAGAUCUGUUUACAGUAAUAAAGAUAUUUAUUUAUUGGAUGAUCCACUGAGUGCUGUAGAUACACAUGUUGGUAAACAUAUCUUUAAACAUGUCAUUGGUAAACAAAGUAUACUCAAAAACAAGACUAGGAUUCUAGUUACCCAUGGUGUCCACUGGUUACCGUUGGUUGAUCGUAUAAUAGUCCUCGACCAAGGACAGAUAACUGAAGUUGGUUCUUAUGAAGAAUUGCUGAAUCACAGUGGACCAUUUGCACAGUUUGUGAAGACCUAUACGAUAAGUGAAGACAAGGAAGAAGAGAAUAUAGGAAGUAUAACCAGUAUACAUAAUUUAGGAGAGCUAGUGGAAGAGGAGUUUAUCGAAGAGGGAAAGGUGGGCUAUUUUAAGUUUGCAUCCAUAGAUAUAUAUAUAUAUAUAUAUAUCAGUUGUCUGAAGAUCGCAAAGCAUGAAACUCAGCAUGUUUUUUUAUUGAUUUUUAUCAAGAUUUGGCGAAUACGAACCCCUUCAAUCAAAUCGUUAGAUCUCAGACCUUGGACACAAAAAAUACGUUUUAAAGUGAUCAAGAGUUAUCUUCGUCACUUUGGUAUCCGGAUAUCCCUUGUGACCCUGAUGUUAUUUUUACUAGCUCAAUGCUCAGCUGUUGGUAGUAAUAUUUGGUUAGGUAUAUGGACCGAGUCCAACCAACAGGGUAAUCUAUCCUUGUACUGUUGUAUGAAUAUAUUUUCAGCUCUAGCAUCUCUCGGUUAUAUAGCUGUGCUAUUCUAUAACAUGGUCAAAGUAUCUGGAAUCAUGUUCGCCUAUUUAUUAGGAAACAUCCUCCGCCAACCAAUGAACUUUUUUGACACAACACCAAGUGGACGAAUCAUGAAUCGCUUUUCAAAAGAUGUGGACAUUUUGGACACUGGUUUAAAUCAGAUAUUCCGUCUGUUUAUGCAUAGUUUGUUUAUUGUGUUGAGCAUAAUUGUGGUCAUUACGCUCAGUACUCCUUGGUUUCUGGCACCAGCUGUUCCGAUAUUUAUAGUAUAUUAUUUUAUACAGAGGUUUUAUAUUCCUACAUCUCGACAGCUAUGGAGGAAUGAAUCAAAAGCCAGAUCACCCCUGUAUUCCCAUUUCACUGAAACUAUAACUGGAGCCAGUUCUAUUAGAGCAUAUUCAGUGGUAGAUAAAUUUAGGGAACAAUCCCAGGAUAAGAUGGAUAGGAAUAAUGCUCUUCAUUUUGCUUCCUCUGUUAUCAGCAGAUGGCUGCGUAUGCGACUUGAGGUUAUUGGUAACAUUACAGUAUUAUCCGCCUCUUUAUUAGCAGUAUUUAUGCCUGGUGUGACAGGAAGUGACGCAGGGUUAUCAAUAACAUAUGCUUUGCAGGUAACAGCUAUGCUCAACCAGAUGGUCAGUGUUUCAUCACAACUGGAAGUUAACGUCGUGUCCGUAGAGAGAAUUGUGGAGUAUUCAGAAAAAGAACAAGAGGCCGACUGGUAUAUUCAGGAUACUAAGCCAAAAGAUACAUGGCCUGAUAGCGGUGAGAUAGAAAUAACCAAUUUACUAACCAAAUAUAGGCAUGAUUUACCACUGGUAUUAAAAGGUUUAACAGUUAAUUUUAAGAGUGGUGAAAAGAUUGGUAUAGUUGGUAGAACUGGGGCUGGUAAAUCAUCAUUAUCCAUGGCUAUAUUCCGCAUCAUAGAAUCUGCUGGUGGAAGUAUAACUAUUGAUGGAGCUGAUAUAGCCAAGUUAGGGCUACAUGAUCUUAGAACUAAUCUCACUAUUCUUCCUCAAGAUCCUAUACUGUUCACUGGUAGUUUGAGGAUGAAUCUGGAUCCAUUUGAAGAACACAGUGAUGAAGAAUUAUGGACGGCGUUAGAACAUGCUCAUUUGAAAACAUUUGUAUCUGGAUUACCAGAAGGACUCAACUUUGAAUGUGAUGAAGGAGGUAAUAAUCUUAGUGUUGGUCAAAGACAGUUAUUAUGUUUAGCCAGGAGUUUAUUGAGGAAAACUAAAAUUCUCGUGCUAGAUGAAGCUACUGCUGCUGUGGACAUGGAAACUGAUGAUUUGAUACAGAAGACGAUAAGAUCUGAAUUUAAAGAUUCUACUGUAUUAUCUAUAGCACAUAGAUUAAAUACUGUUCUAGAUUAUGACAAAAUUUUGGUGUUAGAUAACGGCGAGAUUAUAGAAUUUGAUUCACCACAGAGUUUAAUAGAAGAUAAUGACAGUGUGUUUUAUAGUAUGGCUAAAGAUGCAAAACUUGUAACUUGA